AUGGCUCCCUCGAACGCUUCCCCGUCCAUGAUCGCCGCGCGACGGCUCCAUGCCACCGCUCGACACCUCCAGGCCUCCGCCGUCGCCCUCCCCUCCACGACGACCGACUUCCCGCACUCCCACGAGAAGAUCGCGUCCCCGCCCGACACCCCGUACUUCCUCGACAACCAGUUCGUGCAGUCGCAGGCCUCGCAAUGGAUCGAGCUGCACGACCCGGCGACGAACAACCUGGUGACGCGCGUGCCGCAGAGCACGGACGCGGAGCUCAAAGCGGCGGUCGCAAGCGCGGAGAAGGCGUUUAAGAGCUGGAGCAAGGUGACGUUGCUGUCGAGGCAGCAGAUCAUGUUCAAGUACGUGGCGCUGAUCCGUCAGAAUUGGGAUCGGUUGGCGGCGAGCAUCACGCUGGAGCAGGGAAAGACGUUCGCGGAUGCGAAGGGUGAUGUGCUCCGGGGGUUGCAGGUAGCGGAGACGGCCACGGGGAUUACGAGCAUGAUGGGGGAGGUAUUGGAGGUGUCGAAGGAUAUGGAGACGAGGACGUAUAAGGAGCCGCUGGGCGUGGUUGCGGCCAUCUGCCCCUUCAACUUCCCCGCCAUGAUCCCCCUCUGGUGCAUCCCCGUCGCCACCAUGACUGGCAACACCCUCAUCCUCAAGCCCUCCGAGCGCGACCCCGGCGCCGCCAUGAUCCUCAUGGAGCUCGCCGCCGAAGCCGGCUUUCCCCCGGGCGUCAUCAACGUCGUCCACGGCGCCGCCCCGACCGUCAACUUCAUCCUCGACGCCCCAUCCAUCAAGGCCAUCAGCUUCGUCGGGAGCAACAAGGCCGGCGAGUACAUCUUCUCCCGCGGCUCUGCCAAUGGGAAGCGCGUACAGGCCAAUCUCGGCGCGAAGAACCACGCGACCGUGUUGCCCGACUGCAAUAAGAACCACGCGCUGAACGCCAUUUUGGGCGCGGCAUUCGGUGCUGCUGGGCAGAGGUGCAUGGCGUUGAGCGUGUGCGUGAUGGUUGGUGAGACGAAGGAAUGGGUGAGCGAGAUUGCCGAGCGGGCGAAGGAGCUGAAGGUCAACGGAGGGUUUGAGGAGAGUGCGGAUCUCGGACCGGUGAUCAGCCCGGAGGCCAAGCGCCGGAUCGAGGACGUGAUCGCGAGCGCGGAGAAGGAGGGAGCGACGAUCUUAUUGGAUGGACGGGGCGCGCACCCGGAGAAGUACCCGAAUGGGAACUUCAUCGGACCGACCGUCAUCGCGAACGUGAAGCCGCAUAUGCGGUGCUAUACGGAGGAAAUCUUCGGGCCGGUUUUGGUGUGCUUGAACGUGGACACCAUCGAUGAGGCGAUCGAGAUGUCGAACAACAACGAGUACGGUAACGGCACUGCCAUCUUCACUCGAUCUGGCCCGUCUGCGAGCAAGUACCAGAGCGAGAUCGAAGCCGGUCAGGUCGGUAUCAACGUGCCGAUCCCUGUGCCCCUUCCCAUGUUCUCCUUCACUGGAAACAAGGCGAGUAUCGCUGGAGGCGGAGCCAACACCUUCUAUGGCAAGCCUGGAAUCAACUUCUACACACAGACCAAGACCGUUACGAGCCACUGGAGAAGCGAGGACGCCGUUGCCACCAAGGCCUCAGUGAACAUGCCGACGCAUUCAUAA